AGCAGGAUAUGUACGUGCUGCCCAGAGUCGUACUUUUUUACUCCCAUCUCCUUGCAAAGAUACAAGAGUGCUUAUCCCGGCUCAGCAUCAGGGAGCCAUAAUUCCCAUUUAUCUUGAUGAACAUACUGAGAUAUUCAAAAUGGGAAGCAACAGUACCAGCACUGCUGAGAGUUAUUGCAAUGCUACACAUCUGACAUUUCAGUACUCUCUUUAUGCAACCACCUAUAUCUUUAUAUUCAUCCCUGGCCUCCUGGCUAACAGUGCAGCCCUGUGGGUUCUGUGUCGCUUCAUCAGCAAGAAGAAUAAGGCCAUCAUUUUCAUGAUCAACCUCUCAGUGGCAGAUCUCGCUCAUGUCCUGUCCUUACCUCUCCGGAUUUACUACUAUAUCAACCGUCACUGGCCAUUCCAGAAAGCCCUUUGUCUGAUCUGCUUUUAUCUGAAAUAUCUCAACAUGUAUGCCAGCAUUUGCUUCCUGGCAUGCAUCAGCCUGCAGAGGUGCCUCUUUCUCCUCAAGCCAUUCAAAGCCAGAAACUGGAAGCGUAGGUAUGAUGUGGCCAUUAGUGCUGUCAUCUGGGUCAUCGUGGGGACAGCCUGCUUGCCAUUUCCCAUCCUGAGAAGUGCUGGGUUAGCCAACAAUAGCGAAUCCUGCUUUGCUGAUCUUGGAUACAAACAGAUGGACACAGUGGAUAUGGUCACCAUGGUUACAGUUGCAGAGCUGGCUGGAUUUGUGAUUCCAGUGAUCAUCAUCGCAUGUUGUACCUGGAAAACAACUAUAUCCUUGAAACAGCCACCGAUUGCUUUUCAAGGGAUUAGUGAGAGGAAAAAGGCACUGCGAAUGGUUUUCAUGUGUGCUGCAGUCUUCAUUAUCUGCUUCACUCCUUAUCACAUUAACUUCAUUUUUUACACCAUGGCAAAGGAAAGCAUCAUUACCAGUUGUCCCAUUGUCAAAAGCACACUGUAUUUCCAUCCUUUUUGCCUGUGUCUUGCAAGUAUCUGCUGCCUUUUGGACCCAAUUCUUUAUUAUUUCAUGGCUUCAGAGUUUCGUGACCAACUAUCUCGCCAUAGCAGCUCUGUCACCCGUUCACGUCUCAUGAGCAAGGAGAGUGGAUCAUCAAUGGUUAGCUAAAAUGAAAUAAUUCUUCAGUCAUUAAUCUCUUUACCAAUGUUGUUUGGUCUUUUCCAAUGGUAGGAAUUGCCAGGAAAACAGUUUCUUUAAUUGAACACUGGAAAUAGCAGAGAUAAAUUUUUACUGUGUGAUGGUUGUGGUCACAGGGUUGUGCCUUCACAGAUGAUAGAGGCACAAUAUAAAAACUGUGGGAGAAGAAAGGAAAAUGAGAUCCAUCUGCUCCUAAUUUAAAAUUUGUGGCAUUGCAUUAUUGACAAGUUUUUACAUAUUUUUCCAACCAAAUAGAAAUUGAAUAUGUGUAUUUAAAAUUGUCUUCUGUAAAUAGAAAAAUAGUGAGAUGCAAGAUAUAUAUAUUCAUCUUUCCAGAAAAGUAAAUGUCUUCCAUGAAGUAAUUUCAUCUCUGAGUGGAGUAAAAUUUUCAAGUCUAAGAUGUAGAACACAGGCAAAGUGACACAAAAAGUCAAAGCAUCCAAUCAGCACAGAAUGAAGGGCAUGAAAAUUCACUCUUUGAACAUUUAUAGAUGUCUCUCAUUUUCUGAGCCGGUACUUUUCUAUGUAUUUUUGCAUAUAACAUCUCAUCUUACCUUUCUAAUGAAGUGAUAUAAAUUUGGAAAUGCAAAUACAAAUGUAUAAUUGUAAUAUCAGAGAGGAUAAUUAACUUGACUCAGGAUUAAGUAUACAUGGUAUAUGCUUAUAUUAUUUAUUCCCCCUGCUUAUGAUUUUAUAUGUAUGAGGUCAGGAGAUUAAGAUCAUUUUAAUACAAUUUUCUCUUAGAUUUGUCAUAUAAAAAUCCAUAGGAUGGGGAUUGGCGUGAUUCUGGCUACAGAAUGAUAAAUAUGUUGUCCUAAUACCAUAAGGAUCUGCAUAGUUUUGAUGAGAAGUCCAACAUCUCAAGUCAGUUUUAUUGUUUAAUGUAAGUCAUGCAAAUCCCAUAAUUAGAAAGCUACAAAAACUGAGCCACAUUGUAGUAAAUGUAGGUCUCUUUUGAAAAAUUCUCCCAUCUUUAAUUCUUAAGUAUUAUUACACGUCACCAGGCAAAAUCUCAAGGAGUUUUCUGUUAUCGUGACUCACAGAAUUGCAUUAGAGAGACGUAUCAUCACAUUGUGAAUACAUGACAGGAAUAUGUGAGCUUGUUUUAUUUUUUUCUGAACUUUUUCAAUAUUAGUUUGAGUAUUCUUGUAGAGUAUUUAAAUUCAAGGGACUCCUUAACUUCUCAGGUUGACAAUUUAUUGGUAUUAUAGUUCUGAAAUUUACAUAGACAUUUGACGUGCACACAAGAGAAGGAAGUGGUAGUCCUUAUAGCAUACCUUUAUGUAGACUAACUAAGGAAGAGGAAGGGGCCACCAAAAGGAGGAAUUAAAAAGAACAUUUCUUGGUUUCCUGGGUAUGAGAUAGUUCUGUAAUUAUAAAGUAAUAAAGUGUUUUUAAAUUUGGAA